AUGGCGAUGUCCGAAAAGGAGCAGCUUCGGCUCUCUUGGAUGACGCAAUUCAACAAAGCUCAGCAGCACGACUCCUGGGGUCAAGUGGUUGAGGCCCAGGAGGAUUACCAGUCGAUGGCAAGCCAAAUAGCGGCCAAGCAGGGUCUGCCUUUCAUCACCUCCAAAGAAAAGGAUAUUUUGCAUCGCUUGGCCCUUUGCUUGGGUGCUCGUGCGCAGGCUUUGCGCACCUUGCACGAGAACAUCACCGUGACUGACAUGAAAUGCUUGCAACCCAUUUUCGAGGCACUCUUCACUGGUGCUGAGCCAGAUGUGUUUCCUGUCGAUGCAAGCAAAUACCAGUUUGCUGCCUCGAUGGUGAAGCCAAGUACAGAAGGCGAAAUCAUUUGUGCUGAUGCGGAGGACGAAACCUCCACUGACUGGCACCAACGGCAAGCCGUGCUGCGGACGGUCCGCGGCACGGUCGUGUGCUUUCGGAUCGAAAAGAUAGGUCUGAAAGACGCGCAGGACUACAUAGAUCCUUUCAUGACCGUCCUGGUGGCGGAUUCGCGCGCCAAUAUCUUGGAUUCAAGAGAUACGAACUUCGCAUGUGAGCGACGAGCGACGCAUGUGAUGUUCAACCAACAGGUCUACUUGAAUGUCUCCCUGGAGGACAUGGAGAGAUCGGGUGCAGCAAUAUUCUUUGAGUUCAAACACUACAAGCCCAAGAAGAAGAAAAUCUCCACGAGGUGCUGGUGUUUCAUGGAGCUCGCUGAGCUGAAGCGAGAUGAGGAAGUUGUCCUGGAAAUCUACCAUAAGCCCACUGAUCUGAAGAAGAAGAAGCUAAAUCUACAUUCUGAAAAGCCGCUAUACCUCCAUCUUUUCGCCACCUUCAUUAGCAACUGA